ACCAAACCCCUGCAACUUGAGAGAGAGAGAGAGAGAGAAAGAGAAAGAGAGAGAGAGAGAGAGAGAGAGAGAUCAUCCAUGGGAACGCCUUACUUUCUUCAGGUUCACCUUAAUCAGAACUCGUUUCCUUCCUCUUCAUCUCCCCUUCCCAGAUUCUCCUUCUCCCGAUCCUCGAAAUCGAUCGUCGUUUUCGUGUUCUCGCCGCUACUCUAAGCUUUCUGAUUCACAGUUUCUUCUUCUCCUCUUCUGAAUCAUUUGUUCUGCGACCACCUAAAACGCAAAUUCUGAGAUGCCCAUUUCGUCAUCGUCAUGCUUCAGCUGAUUCCCGCAGUCAAAAUCGCAUCUUGGUGUUUUGCGGCGCUCUCGAGCUUCUAUAACUGUUUCCACGGCUUCGUCUCCGAUCGCCCUGCAGAUCUUCGUAACUUUCCCCUCACUGGGUUCUUCUCCGCUUUCUCCAAUCCCAACUUCUUCUUCGUCAGGAUUAUUUGAUCUCCCCCCAAAGCUGCAAACUUUACAUAGACUUCAAAGAUUUAGUGCAUUAGAGAGCGUUUAAAGAGUCUGCUUUUAGGGUUUCCACGCCACAGAAGGUUUAGGGUUAAUUCGUUUUAGAGGUUAUCAUUGGUAUAUAUGAAGAUUAUUUAACAAAGUCUGCUUUUAGGGUUUCCACGCCACGCUAGCUCCUAUGCGUUGACGCCCUGUUAUCAUUCAGUAGUUAGCUCUUUAUCUGACUUAAAGAAGGGUUGGGAGCAAUUGAGAAAAUGUGCGAGGAUGAUCAUCAGUUUGUGGAGUGGAAAGAGCAUUUUGUCUCACAGGAGCGAGGGAACCGUGUUGUUCAUUACUUCCUCAAGGACUCUUCCGGUGAAUCCAUCCUAGCUGUGGUUGGAACCGAGAGAAGUGUUAGACACAUGUUCUAUGUCGUCUCUGAGGAUUUUGUGCGUGCAUAUGGUUCCGAGAAUUCGAUCCAUUCUGGUUUCAAAUGGAGGUCGAGAAGAGAAGUUGUCGACUGGCUCACUUCGAUGCUGUCUAAACAAAACACACAAGGAAACUGGUCGAAGUCGCCAAAAUGUGAUUCGGGGGAAUCUAAUGGAUCUCCUGAAUUUCCAGGCUAUGGUUUUGCUGCUCAGCGAGCUCAAGCAACUGAAGAGGUGCGGUUUCCUAUAAACUUGAGGGUUCACAGUUGGGAGAUUAUGUGGUCAGGAACGUCCUGGAUGUGUGGUAAGCAGCUCAAACAUUACCCAUCGUUUUGCAGGAAUGGGAUAACUAUAGGGGUUCAAUCUUUUGUCUUUGUGAUGAGCAAAGCGGACGACCUGUACGUUGCGUAUCUGGAAGAUAUGUAUGAGGACAAGCGUGGCCUAAAAAAGGUCAGAGUGAGGUGGUUUCACCACACAAAAGAAGUGAAGGGUGCAGUCGCUCUCAGAAACCCACACCCAAAAGAGGUUUUCAUCACCCCUCACUCUCAGGUCAUCAGUGCUGAAUGUGUCGAUGGUCCCGCCACUGUCUUGACCCGUGAGCAUUACGAGGAGUGUAUAGCUUCUUUUCCUAAUUCUUUAUUGGCGAGGGUUCACAUGUGCUAUCGGCAGCUCAAGAAGAACAAAAUCAAACCUUUUGACAUGAGUAAACUGCGUGGAUAUCUGGACCAACCGAUAAUGUCUUGCUUAAGUUCUAUGGAGGCUGAUCCUGUAGUCUGUGGGAUGAAUAAAGAGGAAGAUGAACAGUGGAGUGAGGGUGAGAAUGGCGCUGAGAGGAGCAAGAAGAAACAAGCACAUCUGUUAACAAGAUAUGAAUCUUCAUGUAAAAGACUCAAACUUGAUGCCUUAGGGAAAAGCGUUCCUUCCCUAGUCGAUGCUCAUAAAAAUCCUUGUUGUAAUGGAGUGAUUAAGCCUGAUGCAAAAAUAGAGUUUCUGUGUCAAGAUAGCGGCAUUAGAGGUUGCUGGUUUAGGUGCACUGUCCUGGAAGUAUCAAGAAAACAGGUAAAACUCCAGUAUGAUGAUAUAGAGGACGAAGAUGGAUAUGGAAACCUUGAGGAAUGGGUGCCGGCUUUGAAAUCUGCUAUGCCUGAUAAGCUUGGUAUGAGGUCGUCCAACCGCCCAACAAUCCGCCCUGCUCCUCCUGAUGCUAAAAUAGCAGACUUUGACCUUACAAUUGGUGAAGCUGUUGAUGCAUGGUGGAAUGAUGGUUGGUGGGAAGGUGUUGUAGUUGCCACUGGCAAACCAAACGCUGAGGACUUACAAAUAUAUAUCCCUGGGGAGAACUUAUACCUAACAGUGCACAGGAAGGAUGUUCGGAUUUCCAGAGACUGGGUGGGAGACAGCUGGGUUGAUAUCGAUCCUAAACCUGAAAUGCUCUCUCUUGUAGCUUCUGAUACUAGCCCGGAAGCCAAGCUUUCCAUGUCCUCCACUCUUGCAAAUGAUGCCAAGGCAAAGCCCAUUGCAAUGGCAGAUAUUGUUGAGGUGGCAAAACUUAGAGGCGAUGAACUGGACCUUUUAGGAGAACAGAACCAAGAGCAUAAAGAUGAUGGUGCUGUUAAGGAGAGUGAUGAAAGCAGACAAGAGGAUAAAGAGAUUGGAAAUAACCAAACUAAUGCCUAUGUCAACAAUGAAAAGACUGUGCAAGACCACAACGAGGAUGAUGUUACCGUUAAUGAUGAGAAGGUACGCAAAUCAGAAUCAGACUUCACCCUAACAGACGCUACUACCACGCUGGUGACAACGUAACGAUGCUUUCUUGAGGUCUAUAUAAUGUUGGUUACACUGGUACGUGCCACAUCUCUGGAAACUUUGGUGUUUCUUUAUGUAUAUAGAUUGACAUAGUUUGCAGACAAAAAAAAAAGAAGUAAUUCUUGGUUUGGCUUGGUGGAUGCUGAGGAGAGAAGAGUAGGUAAAGGUUGUAUAGAAAAUUGAAGAGGCAUGAUUUGGUAGGAUUAUUUAGGACUUUGGUUAUUUUAGGUUCAAGCAAUGUUGUUAGGGAAAAAGACACACUUCUGCACUUGAUAUGUAUUUUGCCUUUCAUUAGAGUUAUGUAUUUACUGGUCAAGGGUCUUUACGACCGAUAAAGCUUGAAUGUA